AUGGUUGUCAAAAUGGCGGCUGGUCUGCCAAGAUCUGGGCUGUUCGAAGUAUAUAUUCGACAGCAAUGGUGCAGAGUUUACGUUACUUUAAAUGAAGAUUCGUUGACUUUAACACUUGAUGAAAAUCCAGAGUUAGCAAAUAGCACUCUUGGGUCAUCAGAUGCAUCUAGCACACUUCCUAAAACGGACCAGUUACCAGACAGUCUUGCCGGCCAGAAACGUCUUGUGCGAGUUGUUAAAGAGGAACAGAAUGGCCUUGGAAUUAGUAUUAAAGGUGGAAAAGAGAAUAAAAUGCCAAUUUUGAUCAGUAAAAUCUUCAAAGGAAUGGCGGCAGACAAAACUGAAAAGCUUUAUGUAGGGGAUGCAAUUUUGUCUGUAAAUGGUGAAGACCUAAGGGAAGCAACUCAUGAUGAUGCUGUAAAAGCAUUGAAAAAGGCAAAAAAAGUUGUAGAUAUAGAAGUGAAGUAUAUAAGAGAAGUUAGUCCAUAUUUUAGAAAGACAUCUGCAUUGAAUGACUUAGGUUGGGGUGGUCAGGAAGCACAGAGAGAUGCUGCAAGGGCAAACUGGAAUGAAUCCAAGACAAUCCCAUUGAAAUUAUGUUAUUUAUGUAGAAAUCUUAGUAUGUCCGAUCCUGAAAGAAAAACUUUAGAACUCAAUUCCCCUGAUGGGAAAAGUUCCUGUGUAUUAAGGUUUCCUGAUCCGGGAACAGCCUCAGAAUGGUUCAAUCUAAUCCAUGCUAAUGUAGCUAUUUUGAUGAGACAAUGUAUAGAAGAAGCAAACCAUAUAAUGAGUUCAGCUCCUAAUUCGGGGGAGAUAAAACAUAUUGGAUGGUUAUCUGAGCAGUUAUCAAAUGAGCAAGGUACUCCCACCUGGAAACCUGUAUUCUUAGCUGUAACAGAUAAAGAUUUAAUGAUGUAUGAUACAGCCCCAUGGAGUAAAGAAGAAUGGGCCACACCAUUUCAAAGUCAUCCAUUACUUGCUACAAGACUAAUUCAUUCUGGUCAGAGAACAAACCCAAUGACAGGUGGUGAUUUGGUAACAUUUGGUACUAGAUGUGGUACAAGAAAUGGUGUGGAAAUGCAUGUAUUUAGAGUAGAAACCCAACGAGACCUGGCAUACUGGUCGAGAGCAUUAGUCCAAGGAUCACAUGGAGCUGCAGUAUUGAUAAAAGAAGUUAGUUGUGUAUGUACAUGGCAGAAUCAAGAAGCCAGAUUAAAUCUACACUAUGAAAGUGGUUUUACCUUAUACCAUGCAAAUGACGAUAAAAUUUUCUGGUCUUUUCCUUAUGAAAAGUUACGAAUGUCGGGAGAUGAUGGCAACAGAUUGAUGUGGUUAGAUUUUGGGACUGAUGGAGAACAUGAAUUAGAUCUGCAGACCUGUCCAAAGCCUAUUGUGUUUGUUCUACAUACAUUUUUGUCAGCAAAGGUCAAUCGACUUGGAUUGGUAGCCUGAAAACAGCUGAUAUUUGAAAACAGAAAGACAACGUUGUUAUGUCUUUUGAAGAAAGGUUUUUAAAAUUGAUAAAGAGAAAAGCUUGAAAUAGGAACAUGUACAUAUUGCAUGAUGGUGUACUGUUGCUAAACAGAUGUAACUAGAUGCUAUAUGGCAGUCAUUGCAAAUAAAGGGUCAACAGUAAUAUAACAGCCUGCAGCAAUAUAUUUUUUGUAAUUAUCAAUUACUUUUUUUAAAAGUUAUUUAUAUAUAUAAGAGGAUCCAUUUUAGAAAUAUAUAUUUUGUAACAGUCAUUUUUAGGAUUGCACGCCAAAAGAAAAAGUAGCUUAAGAAUAAAAAAAUAAAUACUUAACUUGUUACUAUAAUACAUAAGGAAUUAUAUUUUUUUCUUCUGAAAUUGUUCACCAUUUUUUUGUUUCUUUUAAUUUAACAUUACAGAUUUACAAUAAAAAAUAUUUGUUGUCCAGAUUUUAAAUUGUCUUAAAAUUGGUUUUUGACUCAGUAAAAAUAUUUAUUCAUGUUUUUUAAGAAACACCAUAUUUUUGUUCAGAUUAAUUUUUAUAAAUUUAGAUAAUUAAAUGAUAUCAGUUCAUUGUAUGGUCUAUUUAUAAAUCUUAGAAAAAGAUUACUUUGUGUAUCAUUUAACUGAAGAAGACUAUACAUGUAUGAACUACAAAUGGUUGUUUGAAGUCAUGUUCUACAAAUUUUGUUUUUUUAAAAACCAAUUAUGAAUCCAUGUGUUUUGUAAGUUUAGAUUUGUUAUGUAUAACAUAUAUUAUUUCUUGCCAUAUAAUGAUCCAUUUUUAAAAAAGAUUAUUUUGGUCUCCAAUGCUAUUUAUAGAUAUUUUAUUUAUAUUUGUUAUAGUUAUUUUAGUUUUCUAUUUUUAUGUUUUAUGUUAUUUUAUGUAGAUACUAAGCAUUUAAAUAAGGUUGUAGAUAUAGUUAUAUUUAUUUGAUAUUGAUACUAGAGCUUGAAUUAUUCACUUUUAAUAUAAUUGGGGAAAAAAGAUCGUACCAAAUCGAUGUUAUGAUCAUUGGAUUUUGCAACCAAUUUUUGAAAGAUAACUUUGCAUUGAAAAGUUACAUCUUUAUGUUGUCCAGAAAAACAUGGCAAUAUUUUACUCGUUUUCACUUCUUGGCAUAAACUUAAGGAAAUUUCAUAAAACAGUAUGUCACAUAUCAUCACAACCUUCAUGUGACCUCAAAAAAUGAUUUACGGAAAAUCUUUUGUCCCAAAAAUCUUUUUUUUUAUAUAUUCUUUCAUAUAUGCUGUUGAUACUUGACACACGGAUGCAGCAUCUCAAAAGAAUGUGUUGCAUACCAUGGAAAAUAACAUUUGAUCAAUAUAUGGCCACCACAAAACCUUGAUCAAUAUAUGGCCACCACAAAACCUUGAUCAAUAUAUGGCCACCACAAAACCUUGAUCAAUAUAUGGCCACCACAAAACCUUGAUCAAUAUAUGGCCACCACAAAACCAUAUAUAUUCUUGCUUGCUAUGGCAAGACCUUUUAAUGUGACUAAGGGUUUCCCCUUGGUGGUCAUGUGCCAACCCCUCAUAUAAUAAAUUGAUAAACAUCUCAACAUUGGUUCAAAUCCUCACCCCUAAUCCACAUAUAGUCUUAUUUGAUAAGAUUUUACGGGUUCACCAUAGGUUUCACCAUCCUGCCUCCUUCAUAUAAUUAAUUAUAUUCAUUAAUUUUCAUGAUAAGACCCUUACAAUACACCAAAGUCUUUGUCACCUGAAGUCUUCCCAGCCCUUAUAUAGUAAAUUGUUGAAUAUAUCAAAACCUGUUCCUAUCCCCAUCCGUAAACCAUAUAUAUUCUGAACUGCCAUGACAAGACCUUUUAAGUGCAACAUACAUUUCGUCUGGGCAUGGGGCUUGGGUCAUGUUUUUGUCCAUUUGAACCGUUCCAUCUUUUUUUCUCAAGGCACUCUGUAAGAGUUUCGUGUUUAUUAGAAAGUAAGAGAAUAUCACAAACUGUAGCUUUAAAACAAGGAAAUGCAUUGUUAUGCCCCACCUACGAUAGUGAAAGGGGCAUUAUGUUUUCUGGUCUGUGCGUCCGUUCGUUCGUCCGUCCAUCCGUCUGUCCUGCUUCAGGUUACUGUAAAUUCAGAAAUUAUUGCGUGCAUUUAUUAUUGCGAUUUUUGAAGAAUGGACUAAAAUGAGAGAUUAAUUAUUGCGAUUUCAGGAAAAUCUUCAUACAGAUAUUAUUAUCAGAUAUCAGAAUGCGAGUUCUUAUUACUGCAAUCUUCGUCCACUAGCAUUAUUCGCAUUAAUAAAAACCGCUGAAUAAUUUCUGAAUUUACAGUAAAGAUUUUGGUCAGGGUAGUUUUUGAUGAAGUUGAAGUCCAAUCAACUUGAAACUUAGUACACAUGUUCCCUAUGAUAUGAUCUUUCUAAUUUUAAUGCCAAAUUAGAGUUUUGACCCCAAUUUCACGGUCCACAGAACAUAGAAAAUGAUAGUGCGAGUGGGGCAUCCAUGUACUAUGGACACAUUCUUGUUUAUUAUAUUAUUGUGAAAAUGCAUUUUGAAAAAUUUAUGUUAGUCAGAGUGUAAACACAUUCUAUUUAUAGAAAAUUCUAGUCAUAAUCUAUCAAGAAUUUUCAAAUUAUUUUGGGAUUAUAUAAUGUUUUCAUAAUGUUUAGACUAAGGCUUGAAAGAUUGUAUUUGGAAGAUUUAGGUUUGACAGAUUGUAAUUUAUAGAAAUUAAUGUUUAAUUAUGUAUAUACAAAUUUUGUAGUCAAUUAAAUUAUGUAUGAAUUUACUGAACAAAAGUGGUUAAAAACUUGUUUGGAGGUUGUUUUUUUUAUAGUUUGUUUAAAUUUAUUUCCAAAAUUUUACUUUUUCCCUGUAUGUUUGAAUCCUCAUUGUUUAAGAAAUGUUUCUGUGUUACAGGGCCAUUUAAAGUCUUUAAUCCAUUAUAUUUCUUUAGUACUUGUUUUUAUAGAUAUCUUUGGAUGUUUGAAUGUCCCUUUGGUAUCCUUUGCCUCUCUUUAAAACACAUUUGGGAAUUUUUCUAAAAAUAUUUUCUGUAAAGUAAAUUGGAAGGCUAUUGUUUUAAAUGUUUAUAUACUUUAAAGUGAAUGUUUUUAGAGUCUGUCUGAGUAAAUACAAGGCAAAUCACAAUAGCUUUUUUAUUUCUGAUAUUUGAGAAUGAUUGUUAACAACAUAUAUCUAUUUGAACAUUUCUUUAUCAAAAGUUCUCUGUCAAAAGAGAUGUUCAAUACUAAAAGUAAAGAAAAAAUAUAGGUAAAGUAAAAAUUAUUUAUAAAAAAAGGUGAAUGUUAGUUUGAUCAUGUUAAAAUGUUAUCAACAAGUUUUAAAAAGAAUAUAAAGUGAAAGUUGAUAGUUUUCAUUCAGGAAAAAUGUAAUUCACAACAUAACUAUAUGAUUUCAUUGUAAAUGUUUAGCCUCAAGUUAUAGUUGUAUGAUAGUAGACAGUUAAGCUGCAUCUCUCCGGUGACAGAAAUGGCAUUGUAAUAUAGAUUUUGUAAAAUUUCAAUUGAUUGUAGAGUCAUGUAGAUGAGGAUAUCUAUGUAGAUUGUCUUUCUAUUCAUAUUUUUUGUAGUCAUAUAAUAGUUUUUAUAAUGUUAUUAAUAAUCAUAUUCAAUGAAAGUUAUCCUUUUCAAUUAGUGUAAGAAAUACAUGAAUAAUUUUGUUAUAUUUUGUAAAAUGAUUCAAUUUUUAUAAAGGUCUUGUGACCAGCAUCUUUAAACAUGCUAUAUAUGUUGCUAACAAUUAGUUUAAAUUAUUAUUUUUUUGUUAAUUCUACAAGUCGAUAGGUCCGAAUAAAAUCAUAGAAGUUAUACCAAGAAGAUUCAAUUCCCCUGUUACCAAGUGGCCAGGGGGCACAUGCUUUAACCUAUUUCUAUUGUUGGUUCAUUCUGAAGUACAAAUAUAACAUAUUCUUUUUUGCCAUGUAACAUAUGCUGAAAUGAUUUUAAGUGUGUAGUUUUGCAAUUAUAGGUUACAAAAUGUAUGUGCUUUUAGCUCUUUUUGACAUCAUUCUGAUCGAAUUAUGGAAUCUUGGACUUCAAAAAAAUGUUAAAAUCUUUUUCAGACAUUUUUGUUUUACCUGCACAUAAUGAGCUGAUUUUUGGAAUGUAAUUGUAUUAAAUGGUACUUAACAAAAAGAUUUUAUUUUCAUCUAAUACAUUUACUUUAGACAUAGAUAAUUAUUUGCUAUGGGCAGUGCAUGGCUGCUAACUAUUUCCAUUUCUGUAAAUAUUACAAUUAAGCCUCCUCAAAAUUACAUUGUUAUCAAUAGUCUCAAUACUGACCCAUUACUGUUACACCCAGUAAAACAAAAGAAACAUACUUUAUAAGGAAUACACAACUUGAAAUUGGAAUUCGUUCUUGCAAUGCCAUAAUUUAUGAGCAUUGCGGUCUUGACAAUUUUCAAGUCUGCCUGUUUCUUUAACAUACAAUGUUUUACCCAGACUUAAAUGGUGCACAUACUUUAAAUAAAUUAGUGCAAAUGACUAGUGUUUGAAUUGAGGCUGCAAUAGACUUUCUAUGUUUGAAACCCCUUAAUAGUUUUAUGGAGAAAGAAUAUAGAUAAAAUAAAUAUUGUGGAUUCAUUAUUAUUUAUUGGGGACUAAUUCAUUUUGUUGAUUACAUUGAUAAAGAUUAACUACAAAGUUAGGUGUUCAAAGAAAUGAAAAUUUUCAAUAGACUUGUCUUGAAAAUAUCCUAGAAAAUACCAAUUUUCCACAAACCACAAAAAAUUGUAACCAGGACAAUAAAUAAAUCCACAAUAUUCCAUAGAUAGGAGGUUAUAAAUAAGUGUGUUUGUGUGAUUUAGUAUCUUUCCACUGCCUGUUUGAUGUUGUCAAUAAUUAUUAUGUGAUAUUAAAGCUAGUCUGCUUUUAAUGUUUAUUAUAAUUUAGAAAAGUUGCUUUAAAUGGUUUAGUAUUUAUUAAUAUAGGUUUUGAAAGAAGUUUUCAGUAUUCAGUAUUGAAUUUAUAAAUAUGACAAUCUGCUGAAAAAAAAGAAAAAGAAUAUGCAAGUACCUUUAAAUUCUCAAUGUAUGGUGCUACGAAAUUGUAAUAGAAAACUCAUAUUCCAAACCUGUUGUUAUCUCUCCUGCAAUGACCCAUAGUCAGUGUACUACUAUAUAGGAUCAUUGACCACCCAUGCAAGUCUAACAUAUUUGGUGAACUGUACACAUCUGGUAUGGUUGUAAGGUUCAGAUCUUUUAGAUUGUGUGUUCUGGUCUGUUAAGGACAUUUGCAGUGGAGGUUCUUCAGUACAAUAUCAUAAAGUUAUAUAUAUUAAAUAUAUUUACAAAAAUUUAAACUCACUGUUUAGUUUUCAGUGCAUCUUUCAGAGAAAACAUAAAUGAUGCUGAUUUCCAUGUUUAUUGGUACAGUCAAGUUAAUACAAUCAAGCUUUAACUAUAACCAUUUAUGAUAUUAUUUAAACCAUUUAUAUUAGCUUUAGGACAAAGUAUUAAAUGGACAUUGUUCAAGAAGUAGUGAAAUGCAGAAAAAAGUAGAUCUUGAUACGUAUAUGUUUGAAACUAUUCAUGCCUUAGAAGAAUAUACAUUGAAAUAACAAAAAGAAGACAGUUUAAAGGAAAAAAAAGUUUAAAAUGUUGGGAAAUGCAAACACCAAUUAUUCAGGAGAAUGAUUUUUCAAAAAAUAUCUUUAAUUAGAUUGGAAUGAAAUAAAAGUUUCAAAUAUGUUAUAUAGUUUUUCUCAUCGAUUGUUUUUAGAACGGUUUUGCAUUGUAAAAUUGAAUGUUUUAGAAUUCUGCAUUGUAUAAGUGUUAUUUGUAUCUGUGAAUAUAUACUAUAUAUAGACUUCAAUUAAAGGAGAAGAUGUGAAAAAGCGUUUUUUUUUGGUAUCUUGAUAUAAUAAUCCCUAAGUAUUAUAAAUCUAUCAUAUAAUAUCCUUUUGAUUUUGCAAGAUAAUUAGUUUGUCAGACAUCAACACUAAAGCAUUUGAAUUUUCACUUUCUUAUUUGCUUUUGAUGUUAUCAAACCUCUUGACACAUAUAUACAUUCUUUCAAAAAUUCUGAUCUUGAGAUCUCAUAAAUUUUGAUUUGUGUACUAGCCUAACCAGAGAUAUUUCACUUUUAGAAGAAAGGAAAAAGAAACACUGUUAGAUAUGUCAAUUAGGUUUUGAAAACUAUUUUGUUAUAAUGUUAUAAUGGCAUCACAGAUGAAAUUUCUUCACUCUGUAUUUAUAAGAAAAAAUAAUUAGAAUAAACAUAAUUUUAAAAGGGUUCAUGUAUUUUACUACAUAUUCAAGUUUGGUGCCAAAUAAUAGAUCUAGUCGAACCUCUUCCUUUUUUUUUUUAAUUGAAAUUGGUAAGAAAAAAUAAAAAAAUUCCUUAUGACAAACUGUGUUGUGUAAAAGUAUUUUCUAUAUUUAUUUCACAAUAUUAGAAAGAAUUACUACUGCUAAUAUAUGUAUGUGGUGGAUUAUAUUUUUUAGACAUGUUGAAUGUUUUUUUUUAUAUAUUGUUUACCUUAUUUACUUUUGAAAAAAACCCAUGUAAUUUAAAAAGUUUCCCCCCUUUUAAUUUACAAAAAUUAUCUCUUUGUGUCAAAGAUGUCUUGAAUAAAAUUUUGAUGAGAGAUUUAUGUUGAUAAAAAAUCUUAAGUGAAAAAAAUGCUUAUUUAUAUAUAUUUUUUAACAAAAAGAAUGUAUGUGAAAGAAGAAUUAAUUUUAUUCUCUCAAUAACAUAUUGAAUGUAAAUUUAUCAGAUUUUUGAUUCAUGUAAUUUCUUCCACUUAUUUUUCAUUUUCUUUUGAAGAAAAAAGGAUUUAAGUUUUUUGCCAAUCAUGACAUUAUUAUUGAAAAAAAACCAAUUAAAGACUAUAUUACUACAAUGAUAGCAAUUUUCAUUUUGCUAAUCACAUAAAAGUUGAAAGUUCAAAAUUGUAGUUUCAAUUACAACAUAAUGCAGACCAAGAAAGAUAAUGCUUAGUAGAAGUAGUUGGUGUAAACAAGAUUUGUGAGUGUACUUGCAUUCUCAGUUAUAUGAGAAAUCUUUGAUGUUGUAAUCCCUAUUUAUAUUCUGUUAUUGUGCAGAUUUCAUAUUUUGAAAAUGAUAUGAUAUUACCUAAUAUGAUAAUUUUAAGAAUUGAAAA